GUUGGAGCGUUUGCAGCAUUAAUUGGCCCGCAUGCUGUGCUUCACUUCGAUAAAGGGCUUCGUGCAAUACAUGUUGAUGACCGAUGGGAUUUCUAUAAACCAAAUCAGCCCACCGUUUCGGAAUAUCCAGUUGUUGACGGACCAGUGAGCUUGGAGUCCUAUAUAAAUUGCGCUGAGCACGUUUACGAUUUAUAUUGCAAAAAAGCUAAGAAGCUGAAAUACGGAGGUUGCUCGUCGUUUUCGAUCAUUUGGCAUGGAUUAUUAGUUUGA